UCUGGAACUCGUCGGCAAUUGGAUUCUGCUGAUCCGUUUAUCGCAACGCGAAGUUUUCGCGAAGGGCCACGUGCGGUGUGCGCGAAUGGAGGGAAAAACGGAUUUGUGGCAAAGAGAAGUCGUAGGUGGUGCAUAACAACUUGUGAAGUUCCUAGUGAAUAUAUGGCAACAUUCAGUGUGGCGGAUCGUCAUGAGAUCGUCGAGAGAACUUCUCGGAAUGUUUCCGAUCGUGUUCUUUCCAUGAACGUCUGUCCGCCGAGCAGCUUCCCGGAUAAAUUUCAAGAUUUUUUCGCGGCGCUUACCGAGGACGGCGACGAUCUACCCAGCAUGCUUGAAGACAAGCUGAUUCCGAGAAAGCCAGACAGCAUGAGCGUCGAAGGAAAAGGCCGACGCUGGAGCAAAAGGGCUUUCCAGAGGCGGAGCAGCGAAGUCGAGGUCCGUGUUCAACACACUUCGCUGUCCGGAUCUCAGGGUCACAGCUGCGUGGAUGGACCGAAGUCACCGACUACCUCGAGACGUAGAAGUUCCAGCAUUGCAGUUGCCAGACCCACGCCGGACUUACACAGAUUUCUGCAAACGGAGGCUGGCCCUUGGGGUCACCUAUCGCCCUCACCUAGGAGCCCGACCAGAACACCGUCGCUGAGUCCUGGCGCCGCGUCAUCGUCAUCGCAUCUAAGCGCGAACGCGAGCCCGAGCGGUCCCAGUCCGACGAGUCCUUCCGGUUCGACUGGCUUGGCAUCCGGCAUUCGUGGAGGUGCCGGUCCGAAACAGUAUCGCAGCAGAACGAGCAGCAUGCCGGCGGUCCCACGUCAUAGGCCAAUGCUGGUCGAUACAAGACGCGGGGGUGGCGCAACGGGGUGCGAAGAAGGUGAGACUGAGGAUGGCAUUGAGUAUUAUAGACUUCGGUCUUUCUCCAUAACGGCAAAUGGGGUGAACAAUUUGGGCGAUUUGUUGAAGACACGCCGUAGCAGAAGCAUCAACAGCGUUACUUCCUCUACCAGCUGCUGUAGCAGCACCCGGGAGAGUAGAUUACUCAGCUCGGCUUCGCAGCUCUCCGGUAUAGAGGCAGAAGAGGAAGCUGAUGGCGAACGGGUGACGACGUAUAAAGUGGGCAUGUUGGGGGCGUCAGAAGUCGGGAAAACCGCUCUAACUGCACAAUUUACCACAAGCGACUACAUUUGCGCUUACGACGCCUCUCUCGACGACGAGUACGGACAGAAGAACGUAUCCGUGAUGCUUGACGGCCAGGAGACGGAAUUAGAAAUCAUUGAUCAUCCGGCUGCGGAAAUGUCAGUCGAGACUUUUUGUUCAACUUAUAAUCCGGAUGUGUACGUGGUGGUGUACUCGGUGGUGGAUAGAAGAAGCUUAAAGGUGGCUGAGGAGACACUGCUCUACUUGUGGAAAAGCGAUUACAUGGUGAAUCAUGGUGUCAUCCUGGUCGGUAAUAAAGUGGAUCUCGAGAGGAAGCGGGAAGUCCCAUCGAUGGUUGGCCGCCGUUUGGCGAACAGUUGCGGUUGCAAAUUUAUCGAGACGUCCUCGGGUCUGGCUCAUCACGUAGACGAGCUCUUGGUCGGAAUUCUGGCACAGAUCAAGCUGAAUCCGCAGCGUAGCCGAGAUCAGGCAACUAGGCGCCGUCGUAGCAAACACCGUAGGCGGAUUUUGAAGCACCUGCUUGGCUUCAAGAGGAAAACUAAGAGCUGCGAGAACCUAUUCGUUCUCUAACGUUCUCUUCGCACACGGUAUACUCCGUAUACGGCGGAGAGAGAGAAGUGAUUUCAUCAGAUAUCGAUCGUCCGAGUAUGUCGCUCUUCGGUCCGCGAAUACGUGUACUAUCUGUGCAAAUGUAUGAGGAUCGUGCGACGUAGGCGAAAAAAACGUAUCUCUGAUAUAGAAGUGGUUACGCAGCGAAUCGGUAACGCGAAGCGCGAAGAAUAUUGAGCGGAUUCGCAGAAUGCUUGGCACAAAAUUGGAAUUCAAAGAAAUUCGUGUCUACAACACGUAGAGAUGUUGCUAGUAGCGCACGAAAGAGACUAGACCUCAGGGCUUUUGUAUUCGUGCGCAAGAAAAUAAAGGAUCGGUCGUUCUUUUCAACCUGAAGCUUUUUCGUCGAAAUGCAACGCAGUUUUGCCGCUCUAGUUGGCAUAUAAUUCA